AUGGCGGCCCUCUACGUCCCGCUCCGCGUCAUCGCCUCCCGCCCGCGCGCCCCCACCCGGCGCCUCCUCCUGCCGCUCCACGCCCACCUUCUCACCUCCGGCCGCCUCGCCUCCAGCCCCGCCAUCCUCACGACCCUCGUCUCCCUCUACGCGCGCGUCCCCGCCCUCCACCCCGUCGUCCACCGCCUCCUCCCGCCGGCCUCCCCUCUCCCCUGCUUCAACGCCGCGCUCUCCCUGCCCUACCCGCUCGCGCUCCGCGUCUUCGGCCGCCUCCGCGCCGACCACUUCCCCGACUCCUUCUCCUUCCCGCCGCUCGCCUCCUCCGCCCCGUCCCCGCCCCACCUCCUCGCGAUCCACGCCCUCUCGCUCCGCUGCGACGUCGCCCACGACCUCUUCUGCGCCAGCGCCCUGCUCCGCGGCUACCUCAGGUUCGGCCUCGCCGACCACGCGCACCGCCUGUUCGACGAAUUGCCCCUCCGGGACGUCGUGGUCUGGAACGCCAUGGUCAACGGGUUCGCCAAGCUCGGCUGCUUCGACCGCGCCAUGGAGUGCUUCCUGCGGAUGAGGCAGGAUGGCACGGUGGAGGUCAGCGCUUUCACCGUCACCGGAAUCCUGUCGGUCUGCACCGCGGCCGCGGAUUUUCAGUGCGGGGCUGCUGUUCACGGGAUGGUGGUGAAGUCGGGACUUGACCACAAUGUUUCGGUGUGUAACGCCUUGGUGGAUCUUUAUGGGAAGUCCCAUGAUGUGGCCAAUGCGGCAAUGGUGUUUGAGGGGAUGGCAGAGCAGGACAGGGACUUGUUCAGCUGGAACUCGAUGCUGUCGGCUUUGCACUACUCGGCUGACCAUAUGGGGACAAUGAGGCUCUUUCAUAGGAUGAGGCAUGCUGCAGUAUGGCCGGACACAGUGACCGUUGCGGCUGUUCUCCCUGCAUGUGCGCAGACUGCAGCACUGAAGGUUGGGAGGACGGUGCAUGGGUACAUUAUCACGAUCGGACUGGCUCGCGAUGGUGCAAUGGGCGUGCGCGCUUGUAAUGCACUGGUAGACAUGUAUGCCAAGAGCGGGGCACUGGAUGAGGCAUGCCGUGUAUUUUACUGGAUGCGCCAACAGGACGUGGCAUCAUGGAAUAUUAUGAUCGACGGGUAUGCAUCCCAUGGGCGUGGGCAGGAGGCACUGGAGUUGUUCCGCCAGAUGACAGAGGUGAAAGGUCUGGUGCCAGACGAGGUAACUCUGCUGGCAGCAAUGUCGGCGUGCAGCCAUUCUGGGUUUGUCGAAGAAGGGAGAAUUCUUCUUAAGAGAAUGAAAGAGGAGUUCGGUUUGGAGCCGCAGAUGGAGCACUACGCAUGUCUGACUGACAUGCUUGGCCGAGCAGGGAGGCUGGAUGAGGCGAGAAAGGUUGUAGAGGAGGCAGGGGAUGUAGGAGCUGGUGCGUGGAGGACAUACCUUGCAGCAUGCCGGAUGCAUGGUGAUAAAGAAAGGGCCCAAGAGGCAGCUAGGAUGCUGAUGGCGACGAAGGAGCCUGGGAGUGGUGGAUGGGUGCUGCUAGCGAACACAUAUGGCUGGGAUGGAAACUUUGAGGGCCUGGAGGAGGUAAGGGGGGAGAUGAGACGGCAAGGAGUGCAGAAGGCUGCGGGCUGCAGCUGGGUUUAGGUGGGUGGAGGAAACGGCAAGAGUGGAACAGUUAUGCACGCUUUUGUUAGUGGCGAUAAGGAACACCCUGAGGCUGACAUGAUUUAUGAGAUGCUGCAUUCGUUGAUAAGUUGGAUGAGGGAUUGCAGUGAUUUGAGUAUCACGACCCCAUUAUAUAAUUGAAUGCUCAUAUAUGUAUUUAUUUUGUUA